AUGUUGAUUCCCCUCUUCUUGGCGGCCCUGCUGCCUCCGGGCAUCGCCAUGCUGUUUGGUCCGUCGAUUUUCUGCUUCAGUGUCGUUGGCCGGCAGCAGGCUGAUCUUCUCUCAAAUCUGUUCGUGGAAGGGAUUGGACUCUUCGGCUGCGAUGACCACAUGCUCUUCAGCAGUCUACCAGCAGAGGAGCUCUUCAAGGGUAGUGAGACAAAGCCGGCGUGGCCCACAAGUGGUCCUAUUGUGCAUGUGCUCUCCCACUCCGUGGCCCAGCCGCUCGGACUACCAGCAGUUCGUGAGGUGUGGAAGCGAAUUGCGGAAGACGGGCGCUAUAGAAGAUUCGACUGGACCCUCAAGAUGGACCCAGAAACAGCCUUUCAUCCCGAUCGCUUGAGGGACAUUCUGUCACCCCAUUGUUCUGGCACGGAUUGUGAUGCGAUGGUGUUGCAAAACGGCGCAGCGAUUCCAGGUGCCAUGCAGGCCCUGACGAAAGCCGCUGUUGCGGAGCUGGCAAAGAACCAGCUCGACGACGAUUCCUGCGGGGAUGAGGCAGCAGCCGACGCAGAGGUGCAGUGCCUGCAGAAAAGCCUGACACAAAGUGGUGUCAAGCUGGUGAAGGAGGAGAACCUCAUGAAAGACUUCAGCACCUCGCACUCGAUGCGGAUUUGUCAGCUCAGUCAAGGCAGCUUUUGGCCCUUCCUGGCUUGGCCAGAUUACAUGACCUGCAUGGGCCAGGCGGGCUACUCCGUCACCCCCGAUGCACCAUCAAAUCCAGGGCAGGUGUCAUGGACGCGAGAUGUGUUGCAGCGAGGUUACCAUAUCCGGCCGACCAUUUUCUGCUGGGUGCUGGUCCAGCACGCGGGCAAGGAGCCAAAGUUGCUUAAUUGGCAGCGUCAGCGAGACCUUGGUAUCUUCGCGUGUGAUGGCUGGAUGGUCAUCAGCAAUGCCUCGGCUAGAGAGGUGUUGCCUGCUGAGGCUUGGCAAACGAACUUCAGUGUGAUCCAGGGCAACACUGCUGGCAGGACCUUCCGCACUGUCCACGGCGAACUGGUUAGCGAGUCAGCUGACGCAGGGGUCUAUGCAAAGGCUUGGAAGGCAGUUUUCGACAAGGGCACUUUCCGCUCGUUUGAUUGGAUUCUGAAGCUGGACGUUGGUGUUGUUGUUGCUCCUGAACGUCUUCGGAGUGCUUUGAACGCCUUGUGUCCUCCAUCGGAUUGCGGAGCGAAAAUCGUUCACAACUUUGGUGGGGACUUGCUGGGGCCUGUGGAAGCAAUGAGCACAAAAGCUGCCACAACACUGGCAGACGGCAUUCACACCUGCACGAGCACGGCAAGAUGGGAGAGCCAGCCCGAGAACCGAUGGCUGUCUUCAUGUGUCAGUACACUGGGCAUUGGAUCUGUGCGAUCAGCCCUCCUUCUCGCAGAUCACAAGGCUAACCCUCGGCCCUGCGACACACUGCACGGCUCCUUCAGUCCAUACAUGGAUCUAGGCUUUCACGCGCUCUGUCUGAAGCAAUCGGGAUACUACUUCAUAGAACCACCGCCGACCACAACCCUCACUCGUACCAUAACAAGUACUUCGUCAACUUCAACUUCUGCAACGUUCACCACUUCUACUGCCACAACAACCACCAUGACUUCUACAGUUCCCAAAGUGGCGCCGAACAGCAUCUUCGCUUUCGAAGGAAGAUCUUUCCAGAAGAAGCUGCCAGUUUGGGUGCUCACUGCCGAGAACGAGCAGCGUGGAAUUCCCUUUGCUCUGGAGCUUGCAGGUGGUCUACUGGCACUGAUUGCGCUGCCCGUGGCCGGCGUCUACUACUUUCGCCGAUCUGCUGCGCCCGCCGUGGUGCCCGAGGAGCCUCAAGACACCGGUGAGGCCUUGCUGACAGGGCCAGCGGGCCCGACCGCGUGA